UGCGUCAUAUAAAAGCGACCGUGUCUAACCGGAAGUGCCUUUGACUCACUAGUCAGCCUUCAAUGCUAGUAACGUUUUAAGUUAAAGAUAUUGUCCACACAAUGCUUAAUGACAAUGAGUUUGCCACGUUGCGGAAUAGAUUUAAGAGGGAUGCGGAGUUUCUUAUGCAAACAACGAGAAAUGGUGACGAAGAUGAAAAGAGUCAAGAGGAAAAAGAUGGCAAACCUCUCCCUCGCAUCAACAGACACUCCGUUUUCUGGAUUUUGGCAUCUGUAGGUGUGACCUACUACGUGGACUUCUUCCACAACAUCAUAGAGAGUGAUGAUAUCAAAAGUUGGUGGUUCAAUGUGGGUCUUGCACUCCUCGGAAUCUGCUUGUCUCUGGCCAUGUUUUGCAUUGUAUACCUGGAGUGGUUCAAAGGGAUCCGGCACUAUGACCAAGAAUACCCUGCCAUUCCUCCCAUCACCACUGCAGCCUUUAUCGCAGCAUCUUGCAGCCUGAACAUGGCCCUUUGGCCAUUGUGGUCCUUCUUCACUCCGCUCAUCCUCUUCACACAGUUCAUGGGUGUGGUCAUGUUCAUCUCUUUGCUUGGAUAAAUGUGACAGGUGUAUAUGUUUGAAGUGAAAUAUUGUGUCAUUGAACAUUACAUAUUUAAUCUGGACUUUACAUAAUCUUGUUAUGCACAAUGUUAAGUUUUCUUCUGGUAGUUUUUCUCUAUUUCUAACACAUCUCAAGGAUUACAACUGAGUCAGCAAUCUUCCUCUUACUGACAGAUCAUUUCUUCCAAGAAUAUAAAUUAUUCCAGCACAGAAAUUAAACGCAUGCAUAAUGCUAUGCGGCUCAAUUU